CCGCCGCCUCACCACCACCGCCACCCCCACCCCCACCAUUUCUCUUUUCCUCCUGCUCCUGUUGCUCCUCCAUCUCUGCCAACCAUCCAAAGCAGAUGAUGCAGCAGUCAUGUCAAAGCUUCUGGCAGCUCUGUCCCCAAACCCAUCAGGCUGGGACUCCACAAAGCCAUUCUGCAGAUGGACAAACGUCAACUGUGACUCCACCAACAAGUUCGUCACCUCCAUCAACUUAGACUCCCAAUCCCUCUCUGGAACUCUUCCUCCAGAGCUUGGUCAACUUUCGUCUCUACAAUCACUUUCUCUCCAGAAAAACUCCCUCUCUGGAGCUCUACCAUCUUUCGCAAACCUGACCAGUUUGGAGUCUGUUUAUCUUGAUUUCAAUUCUUUCAGCUCGGUUCCCUCGGAUUUUCUUCUGGGCUGUUCAAACCUGCAAACUGUUAGUAUCAGUGAGAACUAUAACUUGGCUCCUUGGCAGAUUCCGUUAUACUUGACUGGUAGUAGUAAUCUUCAAACAUUUUACGCGAGUAAUGCGAGUAUUGUUGGUCGGAUUCCUGAUUUCUUUGAUUCCUUCCCCAAUCUGCAAAGCUUGAGAUUGUCUUACAACAACAUUACUGGGGGUUUGCCCAACAGUUUUGGUGGAUCUGAGAUUACCAAUUUGUGGCUGAACAAUCAGGGGUUGUCAGGUGGUAUUGAUGUACUCUCUUCCAUGACACAGAUAUAUCAAGUGUGGCUCCAUGCCAAUGCCUUUACUGGGCCGAUCCCAGACUUGUCAAAAUGUACAAAUCUUUUCGAUUUGCAGCUGAGGGACAACCAGUUAACUGGGGUUGUGCCGCCUUCGCUGAUGAAUUUGCCAAAACUGGCGAAUAUAACUUUGUCUAACAACAAAUUGCAGGGGCCUGUGCCUCAGUUUCGCGAUGGAGUUGACGUGAAACUGGGGAGUACUAAUAGCUUCUGUGGGACGACUCCCGGGCCAUGUGAUCCGCAAGUUACAGCUCUUCUUGCUGUUGCUGGAGGUUUUGGGUAUCCAAUGUUGCUGGCUCAGUCUUGGCAAGGGAAUAAUUCUUGUGAUCAUUGGUCAUUUGUCACUUGUGAUCCACAGGGGAAAAAUGUGACCAUGGUCAGUCUUGGGAAGCAGCAUUUGUCAGGUAUUAUUUCCCCGGCUUUCGCAAAUUUGACUUCUUUGAGGAACUUGUAUUUGAAUGAUAAUAAUCUUAAUGGUACUGUUCCAGAAGUAUUGACUACUUUACCUCAGCUUCAAACUAUUGAUGUUUCCAAUAAUAAUUUAGCUGGUCCUAGACCCGUUUUUCCAUCUACUGUGAAAUUUGUGUAUACCGGUAAUUUGUUAUUGGAGAAAAAUCAAACUGCUGGUGGUAGUGGAAGUGGUGGUGGAACACCAGGGGGUGCACCAAGUUCUGGUGCUUCUGGUGGAAGUCCAUCAGGGAGUGGGAGUUCGAAAGGAUCAUCAGUUUCGGCUGGUAUGAUUGCCGGAGUGGUUGUUGCGGUUAUUGUUUUUGUUGGAGUUCUUUUGUUUGUGUCUUACAAAUGUUAUGCCAAGAAACGUGUUAAGAGUUUUGGGAGAGUUGCAGGCUCUGAGAAAGGGUCGGAAAUGAGUAAGCCAAAUGUAGUUGGUGGUUUGAAUGGGUACGGUGGAGUCCCAAGUGAAAUACAGAGCCAGAGCAGCAGUGAUCACACCGAGAUCCCUAUUUUUGAAGGUGGAAAUGUUUCAAUUCCAAUCCAAGUACUUCGUCAGGUGACGAACAAUUUUAGUGAAGAUAAUGUUUUGGGCAAGGGAGGAUUUGGAGUUGUUUAUAAGGGGGAAUUGCAUGAUGGGACCAAGAUUGCUGUGAAGAGAAUGGAAUCUGGAGCAAUGGGUACAAAAGGAAUGAAUGAGUUCCAAUCAGAAAUCGCUGUACUUACCAAAGUUAGGCACAGGCAUUUGGUUGCUCUUUUAGGUUAUUGUACUAAUGGCAGUGAGAGGCUCUUGGUUUACGAGUAUAUGCCACAGGGAACUUUAGCCCAGCAUUUGUUUGAAUGGCAAGAGCUUGGCUAUCCACCUCUUACUUGGAAGCAGAGGGUGACAAUUGCACUAGAUGUAGGAAGAGGCGUUGAGUAUCUCCACAGCUUGGCACAACAAAGUUUUAUUCAUAGAGAUUUGAAACCUUCUAACAUACUUCUCGGGGAUGACAUGAGAGCCAAAGUUGCAGAUUUUGGUUUAGUCAGAAAUGCACCAACCGGGAAUUACUCUGUUGAGACUAGGUUGGCUGGAACAUUUGGAUACCUAGCUCCUGAGUAUGCUGCUACUGGACGAGUGACAACAAAAGUAGAUGUCUAUGCAUUUGGAGUCGUUCUCAUGGAAAUCAUCACUGGCAGAAAAGCACUAGACGAGACCAUGUCUGAUGAGCGGUCUCAUCUGGUAACAUGGUUCCGCAGGGUCCUAAUCAACAAAGACAACAUCCGGAAGGCUAUAGACUCAACUCUUGGUCCUGAUGAUGAGACUUAUGAAAGCAUUUGCAAAGUGGCCGAGUUGGCUGGACAUUGCACUGCCCGUGAACCACAUCAGAGACCCGACAUGGGACACGCUGUGAAUGUCCUUGGACCUCUUGUUGAACAAUGGAAACCUGCUAAGAACGACGAAGAAGAAAGCUAUGGCAUUGACCUCCAUAUGAGCCUUCCUCAAGCCCUUCAAAGAUGGCAAGCAGAUGAAGGUACUUCAAGAAUGUUUGAUGACGUCUCAUAUAGUCAAUCACAGUCAAGCAUUCCCUCCAAACCUUUAGGAUUUGCAGAUACUUUCAGUUCAACUGAUUGCAGAUAACCCUUAAAGGAAGAUCAGAGCAUUUGAUUAUUAUAAGCAAAGGAGGCCAUGCUUCAUCAUAGGAGGGAGAAAAAGUCAUUGAGGUCCACACGGUUGAGUCUUUUACCAGCCCCCAUUCAAGGUCGCAUUCAUUCCAUUUGUUUAUUUUUUUCCUCUUAGAUUUGUAUCUCUUUAUAGGGAUGUUUUAUGCUAAUGAUCCAAUUGUAAGAAAAAAACUGCUAUAGUUGACGUCGUGGUUCUUUGAUUUCUUGAACUUUAUAAGUAUGAAAUUGUUGAGCUUCUUGUGAGACGGUUUUAUGUAAGAAAGGGAAUAGGAGGGAAGAAAGAGAAAGAGUAGACAAAUUGUAUCAAAUUCUUUUACUUAAAUUCCAAUGUAAAUUUACUAA